CCACCCAUCUCAUAAUUAAAUCCGUAACUGUCUGAUUUCAGUGAGAGGUAGCCUAGCCUAUACAGCUCAACCGUUCUGGAACUGUGUGUAUAGCUUCCCCUGUUUGACACCUUCAUAGGGUAUUAUCGGUCUUCUCGGAGGCUCUUUCUUGAGAUGCAUGACAGAGGGGGCUACGUCGACAAAAAGUGUCACACUGUCACACUCACUGCUUACAGAACAUAAGUCAGUUCAGGACGGAGGAGAGAGAGCAAAAGAACCGGGUUGCUUGUGAUCAGUACUGUAGCUAGUCCGACACAAGCAAGUGAACGGUAUUUUGCUUAUUAGAUCCGAUUGCAGACCUCUAACCUACUCGUCUUCCUGGUUUAUAGAGGCUAAAGUCGCGGUGCGCAAAUGCGAGAAAAAAACUGACAAACAUUAACCGUGGCGAUCGCAAUGUAUUUGUCCAACGUGUCCAACACAGAGCAGUAGUUUUUCAAGAGGCGAGGAAUGCUAUCUGAGCUCACGCAUCAAUGUUUCACUGGGGCAAGUGGAAGAAGAGGAUGGGCGCGAAUAGUUCUUCAAAGAGACCGGUCUUCGAUGAAAAGGAAGAUGUGAACUUUGACCAUUUCCAGAUCCUGAGAGCCAUUGGGAAGGGGAGCUUUGGAAAGGUGUGCAUUGUGCAGAAGAGGGACACAGAGAAGAUGUACGCCAUGAAGUACAUGAACAAGCAGCAGUGCAUCGAGAGAGACGAGGUCCGAAACGUCUUUAGAGAGCUUGAGAUCCUACAGGAGAUUGAACAUGUUUUCUUAGUGAACCUCUGGUACUCGUUCCAGGAUGAGGAAGACAUGUUCAUGGUGGUGGACCUGCUGCUGGGAGGAGACCUGCGCUACCACCUGCAGCAGAACGUCCAGUUCAACGAGGACGCAGUCAAGCUCUACCUGUGUGAGAUGACUCUGGCCCUGGACUACCUGCAGAGCCAAAACAUCAUCCACAGGGAUGUGAAGCCUGACAACAUCCUGUUGGAUGAGCAAGGUCAUGCCCACCUGACAGAUUUCAACAUUGCCACGAUAAUCAAGAAUGGCGAGAGAGCCACAGCCUUAGCUGGAACCAAGCCCUAUAUGGCCCCAGAGAUUUUCCAGUCCUUUGUCAGUGGAGGCACAGGCUAUGCCUUUGAGGUAGACUGGUGGUCACUAGGAGUUACGGUCUUCGAAGUGAUGCGUGGAUGGAGACCCUACGACAUCCAUGCCAGUAACUCAGUGGAGUCUCUGAUGCAGCUCUUCAGCACAGUCAGUGUGCAGUACAGCCCAGCCUGGCCCAAAGACCUGGUCUCUCUCAUGAGGAAGUUGCUGACGGUGAACCCCGAGCACCGUCUCUCCAGCCUGUCCCACAUGCAGACAGCUCCCUACCUCGCUGACAUCAACUGGGAUGCCGUGUACGAGAAGAAGAUGGAUGCUGGCUUUGUCCCCAACAAGGGUCGUCUUCACUGCGACCCCACCUUCGAGCUGGAGGAGAUGAUCCUGGAGUCUCGGCCGCUCCACAAGAAGAAGAAGAGACUGGCCAAGAACAGGUCCAGAGACAACAGCAAGGAUUCCCAGUCUGAGAACGAGUAUCUACAGGAGUGCCUUGAAGUGGUGCAGCAAGAGUUCAUGAUCUUCAACCGUGAGAAGUUGAAAAGGGGCCCGGAGGAAGGCCAGUCCGAGGGUGCGGAGUGCGAGGGUGUUGCCGAAGCAGGGGGAGACGAUGCCAGUGGCGAUGGGGAGGCCGAGGGGGGAACAGAGGACGACGAACCCGAGCCAGACCCCGAACCCGAGCCUGAGUCCUCCUCCAAACUGAGCAUGUGCGGCUCUGUCUGCUCAUCACCCGGCAGCUGCUAGCACCACAGUGCCCCCCUGUGGUGUCUCAGGCUACUACGCGUGUGUGUGUUUGUGCACCCGUGAGUGUAUGUGUGUGUGCAACAUGCCUAUAGAUACUCAAACCUUUCCUACUUAUCCAUGACUGCAAGAACGCACAGCAGGAGCCCAAAUGGCUCCCCUAUAUUCCCCUCAGUAGCAUCGACCAGUGAAAAAGCACGUGUGGCACUACAGCCCCCAGCAGGCUCCAGACAGGCACCGCCCACCAUGCCCCCUCAGUUCUAUGCAACCUACAGUAUAGCAUGAUCGGUAAUGAGUAGUCUCAUUGUCCAGAGGCCAUGAUCACAAGCCACUGUUCCAGGAGCAUGACGACACAGAGAGCAAUAGGAGCCCUAUUGUGGGAGCGGUGUUGAUUUUAGCAGAGGAGAAGAAGGCUCAGCCUGGUGUUGAUGUAUCUCCCAGGGCAAACUCAGACAGUGAUGUUGAAUUAUUCAGUAGAGUCAGGCACUUUUCUCUUUCUUUGCCUGCAUAGCUCUCUCUCUAUAUGCCCCUCUUUCUCGUCACUUUUUUUCUUCCAACAACAGUAUGACAGUUGUUAAGAUAUCUCAGAAUGCCUUUCAUAUUAACAACCAGUAUAUCCUUUUUAAGUAUUCACUAUUUUGCCAGUAUGCCGAUACAGUGUAAUGCAUUGGAUAUUUUAAUUGAGCAUUUCCAAGGAGGACAUAUGUAGUUUCAGUUGAAGUGAGUGAACCUUUAUUGAAUAAACGCUUACAUUAUGGUCCCUCUAGGUUAGGGAGGCUUUGUGGGAGAAAUUAAUCACUUAGACGCAUCCAAUACUUAACAAACCCACUGGAAGUGGUGUUGAUUGUUAAUCAAUAGUUAUUAAUCUCCUGGCAAUUACGGCUACAUGUACAGUAUGCAUUUGCAUGCUAGUAUGUUCUUUUUUCUCCGUAGUGAGUAGUGUGCCAAGUCAUUUUUCCAAACCGUAUAUGAUUCGCAGAGAUGCUGUUACUUGAAAAGGGGGAUGAAAAGAAAACGAUUUCUAUCUGGUUGGUCUCAGUGCCUCAGUGUUGUUCCUCUGACCAUGCUUACAUGCCUCGAAAACUGUCGCACACAACGUUGUCCCACGAAGGAACCACACAGGACCCACCUCGAUCUGUCCGCUUCAAGGACCUCUAAGCAGUGUUACAGUUUUUUGGAGUGGAUCGUGUGGAGGAUCACUGAAGUCUAUUGUUAAAUCCUAAACCACUCUCUUAUGGAAACAGUUGCGGGGCUAUGUUGAGUUUGUGUAGCUGUGUAGAUACUUUGAGUUCUUUAGUUGAUUAGUGAUAGUGGUACUUUUAAGGUGGUGCCAUUAAAUCUCAGCCUGGAUAUCUGGGAACAUGUAGCAUAGUCCACCUUAAAAACCCUAAGGCCUGAUAACAUAGAAUUGUGUAAAUAGCCUAAUCUUACUCUCCACAGUUUUAUGUGGGACUGCUUACUAAACUACAUGUAACUAAACUAACAGAUGUAUGAAGCCAAAUCUUCAUACAGUGUUGUUCUGAUCUUAUUUCCAAGUGUGCAGGCACAACUUGUAGGCAAAUAUGCCAAAGCUUUUUUACCAUUUGCAUAGCCAUUUCUAAGGAACUUGAGUGUGUGAAUGUAUGUUUCUUCUCUGUAGAGUAUAGAUUCAGUGUUCCUUCUGCGAGUGAAAAUCAUUUGUAUACAAUCAUUUAUUGUUAGUAUAAAUAUACAAAAUUCUUUCGGGAAUAGUAAAAUACCAUUAGAUUCUAUAUUUGAACGAAGAUGCCUCUGAAAGGAAACGUUGUGAGGCAGUUGAGAAACAUCUUUAAAACAUGAUGGGGAUAUACUUGAUUAGUCUCUAACCCUACUCAAACCUUUCUAUUUUGCAUGCGCUGACCGUAUUAACAGCAGGAGUGUGCAAGAGCGUGAUGCUAGGGUCACAAAGACUGAUGUGUGCAUGCGCAAGCCACUGGCACUAGCAUACCCCAACUUGUAUAUGGCUUCAGUGAUUGACAUCCAAUCACCUUAGCCCCGUCCUGCUUGACUGUCUGUUUGAUUUACAAGUUUGCUGAGCAAGAUUAGCUCAUAUAUGACUGUAUAAAUUAUUUAUUCCCAACGUUUCAUAGACAGCAUGAUAUUUCGAGAUGAUAUGCAGUAAUUCUGGUAUCCAAUAGAUCUUAAUGGUAUGUUCCAAGCUGCUUCCUGGCUGAGUGGAUGGUAAAUUGUCAAGCUGUUGCGCUCAGUGUUCCUGUGGGUAAGUCUAGGUUUAUGUGCUUUGGUAGUGUUCGUGUGGCAAAGAUUCCAUAGGAUUUGAGGAAUGUUUGUCCUCAGACUACAGACAUUGUGAGUAAAAACUCAACCAAUACUCAGAUCAGAUGUCUUAAAACUGUCUACGCAAUCAGAAUAAACUGUUCUAAUGAUCAAAUGUGGGUAUGUUAUUAUGUGUCAAUAAUUUAUCAAUUGAUUAUUAUUGACAGGAUAGUUUUAAAUGUUGAUGAUAUCAAAGUUACAAUACGAAACCAUGGUACUGUCCUUUAUGUUAGUGAUAUCAAUGCAGAUUCACCAUUUCUGAUUGGAUAAUGUUUGCAUAAACACCCAAAAAUGAAAUAAGUUGUAAGUACCCAUCAUCUUAACAUGAAUAACAUUUCAAAAAGCAUUGAGAAUAAGCAACAGCACUUUCCCCAUCAAUUGGUUCACAGUCAUUAUCCUCACAGCUAUAAUGUCCAACCCUUGUAGAACCAUUAUGAGUAUAAUGUAUAAUGUAACAGUAGUGUUCUGUCGAGAAAACACUUUCAAUAAGAGUCGCCCUUCUAUAAAGUGGUUAUGUUUUGCCUUAUGUUCUGUAUUGUAGAAUUAUUCGGGGGAA